AUGAACUCGCUGUGGUCGAAGGCCGCGCCCGAGGGCGAGCCUCAGACGGGUCCGUCCGAGCCUGAGGACCUCGCCGACACUGGAGUCACUGCAGAGGAUGCAGGAGAGGCGUCCACCGCUGCCAGCAGCUCUGUCAAUACCAAUGCCAGCAACGUCCUGUCUCUGCGGCCCAAUCUGCAGCGCAACUCGAGCACUCCCGGCCUGCCACCGCCCCCGAACGAUCCUCCUGCUCCCCCGUCACAGCUACAGUCCCAAUCUGACCAGCAAUUGGACUCGCUAUCCCUCGCGCAGCUCAGAAAAUACGUCUCUGAAUUUCCCAAGAAUAACGAGGCGGCCAUUGCCUACGAUUUCGUCUACGAAGAUACUGGUCCCCAUGCGGAGGAGAUUGAUGAAUGGUUCGUGUAUGGGCAAUUCUGGCAGUGGGUGCGCCUCAAUGGAAGCCAACGUAUCUGGGAGAUGGGUUGGGAAGAGUUUGGCGGUGGGCAAGAUUGGAACGAGGCAGAUCAAGACACCAAAGCCGAUUUUGUGCGAAAGUGGCUCGUCGGUAUCCAGGACGGGGACGAUGUCACCAGGGUUCACGCUAUUGGUAGGAUCAUGUAUCUGAUCUUGGGGCGAUGGAUAGAGACUGCGCAGCCCGGUCCCUUUGGCGACAGCGAAAAUAUGCCGGAAAGGCUGAAGGGCAGAAGCGUUGCUACGCAAGGACAGUUGUUGGCAAUGAAGGAGGGCGUGGAGCUGAUAGCUCAAGUUGGUGGUCUGCCCAUCAUUUGGCAGGCGUUACAGCAUGCAUUGGAGGCGUUGUGGACAUUGGAUCCAACAAAACACCAAUCAGAAGGGUCUCAAGAGGCCCAAGAUGAGCUUAUGAAUUUGAUGACAAUCAUGUAUAUUACGAUACAGGAGGUUCUGGGCAGUGGCGAGGAGAUGGCAGAAGUUCGCGACAAGCUUCUCGAAUUGAACCCAAACAUUGCAGUUUUCAUGCUUAACUCGGUCGCCAAGAUUCGCUGGCUCGACGGAGUACCAACUUCAAUGACUCAAAUACUCUUGCUGUUCUGGAAGUCCAUAUUACUGGUAUUUGGCGGUAUGGAUGCGAUCGUUGAGACCAAGGGGGCCCUUGGCGAGGCGCCCGCAAGUGCCAAGGAUAAAGACACCAUUUCUGCAUCCCCAUUAGAUUAUCACACUUUCCGCCAGGAGAUAUCUUCAAAGUACCCCUCCUAUGUUCCGCCACAAUUACCGAUUUCCUUGGAGCCUGACGACACCUCACUCCUGCCACCUUUGCCAAAUCACCCGACGCGAAACAAUGGAUCGAACGGAAUAUUACCCGCGCCUCCAAACACGCAAAGCGGAGGUGCUUCUAUUCUACACCAGCCGGUUCAUAUUGCAACGCCGGCCCCUUCGCCGCCUCCAUCCCCCGCGGCUGGUGGUAAGGGUGGCAAGAAGCAGAACUACCAGACUAAUCAAAAUUUCCCCUUCAUGUAUCCUCCUCUCGAUGAAAGCAGCAACAGCGCAGGCGGAAAAGGCGGAGCUGGUCUACAGGAGUCCCUGGUGGGCCGAAAAUGGGAAGGCAGUGAUAUACCUGCUUCGAUUCUAGAGGCUGGAGAGCUCUUCUCCAAACGGGUUCGGAUGACGCGAGCAGUACGUCAAUUGUGGGAGGAGCGACAGAGAUUCCUGAAAUUCGAGAGGGGCUUUGAUGUGUCUGUAGACGACGACGUCGACGAACUUGAACUUGACCUUGACGCACUCGAGGUAGGUCCUGACAACGAGGUUGAUGACGACAAACUGCUCGCUCUUAUCGAGAAGAGAACUGCAACUACAAGAUCGAAAGAGGUCGACUAUGGCCCGGAUCCCGACAACCUUGACUCGAAAUUCAAACAUCGCUUAGAUGCUAUUGAGAACUUUUAUGAUGCCACGCUACCACAGUUGCAAUCUAUCGUCAUUGUCCUAAUGAGGGUCGUGCUGGCCAACGUGACUGCUUUCAUCACCAUGCCUCAACGAGGGCAGGAUGGUCAACAGAACCAAGGGCGCUUCAAUCAAAGCGGGGCACCCUUUUCUCGGUCUCAGGAUGGCAUAGGUGUCAAUGGCGCCAUUGCUCCAGAUGCCCCCGAUAUGUCUCUUGAGGACUUGGAUCAAGUCAGGGCACGUGAGUUGGAGGGCAAAGCACUAUCAGGUGCCAUCUUGCUGCUCUUGAAGUGGUUCAAGGUAUCUCACGUCCUCAAGUUUGAGUAUUUGUGCCAACUGCUUCUCGACUCCAACUAUAUCCCCCUCGUGCUUAAAUUCUUCGCACAUCAAGAUGUCCAACAGGUGGUUGACAGUAAGACUGAUCGCACGGACCACAGUUUCUUUUAUUUCUGUAACCUCCGUGCUCGUGGUAAUGGUGACAAGCCAAUGGAGCCCACGGAAAUCGAUGGCCCAGACGAUGAGAGCGAGGACGAUGCGGCGCCGCCUCCUAUUAAGCGCAAGAAGUCGCCGCCAGCAGCGUCUUCGUCGACUGAGGAGCAAGGAGCAAAGAUGAACAAUCAUGCCCAUGAACGACCAGAAGUUGACGAGAUGGGGCAGCCAAUAAAUGACCUACCUAAGGAGCCCAUUACAGACUUCUCCCGUCGCAACUUCUUCUCCUUGAUCAACUACUUGCGAAUUCUGCAGAAGAUAUGCAAGAACAAGGCCCACCGCAACUUGCUCUUGGUGCAGUACAAAUCUUCCAACAUUAUCAAAAAGUCACUCAAAGUCCCUCAAGCCGAGCUUCGGCUAUACGCACUCAAGCUUUUCAAGAAUCAAGUGCCAUACUGCGGGCGUAAGUGGCGCCAGUCCAACAUGCGAGUCAUCACGGCAAUUUAUCUGCACUGCCGUCCCGAGCUGAGAGAUGAAUGGCUCGCCGGUAGUGACGUUGAUGCCGAGGUAGAGGAAGCGCUGCCCUUGGAACAGGCGCUGAGGAGCUUGACACAUUGGCACAAUGUCCAGAGACAUCCAGAUCAAAUGGCACCGGAGGUGAGACAAGCGCUUCAACAGGAGCAAGACUUUUUCAAGAGAGAGCUGGAGAAGUUGGAAAUCAACUGGGCAGAUACGAAUGCACAAGUCGACGGUGGAGAUGGCAUGUGGGAUGGUCAGGCCCCAAUGAGCGCUGCUGGAUGGGCCUAG